AUGGACGCUCUUUAUGCCUUCGUCACUCUCGAGCUCCAUCCUUCUCCCCCCGUCUCUCCUGAAGUCCCCUUCCAGACACUAUGUCUCGUCACUCCAGAAUCCGUCGACGUGUCCUCUAUUAAGCUACUCCGAAGGGCGUUUGACAUCGUCAUUGGCGUGGAAAUUAUCGAGCAAGAGGACUUGACUGGUCUCAAACUGCUCGGACGUCCGGACCUUAACUUGGUUCUGACCAAGCUUCACAUCUUCCGCCUCACUCAGUAUUCGAAAGUCAUUUUCCUCGACGCCGACGUCCUCCCCAUAAGGCCUAUGUCCCACUUGUUCACCCUUCCUCACGACUUCGCGGCUGUUCCUGACGUGGGCUGGCCCGAUAUCUUCAACUCCGGCGUUAUGGUCUUCAAUCCGGGAGGAGACAAGUUCGACCAAAUCCUCGAAGGUGUUCUCAACGAAUGGAGGGGCAACGACUGGCAUAGGCUCAGUUUUACGUAUAACACUACUCCAACCGCCGUUUACACAUAUGCUCCUGCUUAUGAACGGUUCGGCGCCCAAAUUUCCGCCAUCCAUUUCAUUGGACCUAACAAGCCAUGGGUUUCUGUCACCUAUCGUGCCCCUGGUACGAAGUACGGUCGACUCACGGAAAAGGGCCCAAACCUUCAACUCCCAUCCUACGACUACGACACUCUUGUCGACCGCUGGUACGACAUUUACGACAGGCACUAUCGCUCAGAGCAACACCCGCAACAUUCCAACUUCGAGUUCACGCGGUAUGACUCGGCUUGGGACUCCGGAGUCAGCAGCGGUCCAGGCGCCGCGCUCGGUCUCGACGAUCUGCGGAAGAUUGCGGUGGAAGGAAUAAGCACCUACAACGCGACGUCCCAAAAGCGGCCCAGGGUUGGGCAAUACCGUUCUAUGCCUUUGAACGGUCGCGUCGAUCUGAUGCGUCCGCGCAAACGGGUAGCCCCGACAGAGGCUCGGGACUCUGGUGGGGAACAGAACACGACUCCCCGGCAGCCCUUCAUGGUCGUCGAGGGUGACGAAGUGCCCAGGAUGGAGACAUUGCCGACACCACUCCCACAUGAGUUUCCGCCAGCCCCAUAUCGCCAGCCCCUCGCUCUGCCACCGUCCGCACCUCCCGCUCCUGGUCACCCAAACGAACCGUAUGCGGAGCAGCAGUACGUCGCUUGGGGGCAGCAGCUGCAUCAGGAAGCUGCUUACCUUUCCUCGGAAGGUGACAUCGCAGGGGUGCAAGCCGGCGCCCCGCCUCCCGGAAUGCACUGGGCUUCUCAUGGCGACCGGCGAUUCUUCUCGCAGGGCACCGUCUUUCACCCAGAAGAGAGCGAGCAAUCGGAGGACGAGCGGCCUGGGGUCCCUUCUAGGCAACCGUCUUGGCGAGCACAAGAUUCCUUAGGGUUCCUGCAGCACUCUCCCUCGGCGACCCGGGGCACCCAUUCGCCGGUCCACCAGCGUGGUACCGAGUCCCCUGCACAUCUUCGCAACGGAUAUGUUUCUCCCCGUGGAAAUGGUUAUCAAUCCCCUCGUGGCAUCUUGUCUCCUCGCGGCGUCCAAUCCCCUAAAGGACAACAUUCUCCCCAAGUACGUCGCUCUCCACCUCCCGGACCUCCCCAUGCUGCCGAGCACCCGUACCAUCCCCCAACACACCAUUAUGUCGACCAGCAAGUACAGCAUUCGCAUUCACCAGAAGAAGAGCAAGGUCGCCAGUCGCGGGCAUGGGAGCAUCCUCCAUCUCACGCGGGUCACCAUCCUCAACGUCCCUCAUCACCCCCAAAGUUCGAAUGGAACCCGGCCGUCGAACCGCCACCCAAGACUCCUCCACCUUCGGCUUUCCCGGAGAACACAUAUUUCCCGAACAUCUGGGACCAAGUUCCUAUCGGAAACGUUUUUCCACCCCCUCCUGCCUCGCAGAUUCCUGAGCAGUUGCUGCGCGAAGGGCAAUACGAGAGCGUCAUUGGUCGUCCCGAGGGGCAGCCGGUUGGUUCACCACCUGUCCCCGACCGGUCGAAGAUUCAUGCCAUCUUUCCGUGGGAGGAGAAACCGAGAUAUGCUCCGCGUCGCGUUUUUCCGGAUUCUGAAUCAGCGCCUCCGGUGGGCACGUUCAUAGAGGAGCCCAGCCCGGCACCCAAAGUUUCCUUUGGACCUCUCGCUCUUCAACAGCCCGUUCGGAGCCCCCCGCCCAUCAGCCUGCCUUUCAACAAGUAUGCGUCGAAACUCCUUCCUCCACCUGAGACGGACGAGGGUUGGCAGAAGCAGGAUGCCAACGAAGGCGAAGAGGAGGAAUCCCAAGAAGCUUCAACGCGCUACGACAGCGGUCCUCGUCGAGCACGCGCUGGGAGCUCGGCUUCUUUGGCCUGCGGCAAAGGAAAAAAGUAUCGUGGCCGUGGGACUCGGAGUAUGGGCGUGCAGGUCGAGUCCAAAGACGGCAAGCCUGGCCGUGGUACAGACAUGGGUAUCAGACCGUGGCCGCGGAUCUCGACUACCGCCGGAUUGCUGCCUCCGUUCCGGACUGAUCCUGACCAAAUGGCGGUCGCCGGGCCGGGCCUCACCCAACCUGUGCACUACUCCGGAGGGCUGCCUUUCUCUGGAAGAGGGUCGCCCACCGGUCUCAGGUCUCCCCAAACGAUCGGCCCUACACAAACCUCGUCUCCUCCCCCACUGAAGAUCGCCGCUCCACGACCAUUACCGCUUUCCAAACUGGGAUCCCCUCGAGGCACGUCGUCGCCCCGGCAUCCGAUGUCCCCUCGACGGCUCAAAUUGGCGGAUCACCGAAACCGCCCGGGUCGCCCUCGGUCGCUGUCGACGCCGUUCUCGCCACCUCUCGAACGCAUGUCCUCGAACGACACGAUGGUGACUUCGUCUCCGUCGACAACAGGAGCACUGGAGACGCCCGAAGGAACGCCACUGUUGGGGCCGCGCAAAAGUGGACGUGUCUGGGACCCGGCGCGUGGGGUCGAUGUGUUCAAGCGUUCGUCGGAAGAGGUGUUGGCGCGCUUCCUCCGGUCCGGUUCGUUCGAAGAGGAAGAUGCUCAAAAGCGCCAGAUAUGA